GUUAGUAUCUCAUCGGCAGUCGGGGUGUGAACGUUUAUUUUGCGCGCGUCGUUCAAUUUUUUUUUAUACCAUACUUGCAAUUUUACCGUAAAAACACUACGAUCGCGAUUUUUUCUGCACUUACCAAUGCGUCAUCGAACUCUCUUUGCCAUCAAAUGGUCUCCUUGCACUAAAUAAUUCAGCAAUUUAUUGAAAGAAUAAAAAAACAACAUAAAUUGCACAAAUUAAUUUAUAAGAAAAAUACAGUGCUUAUGGUGUGAGAUCUAAAAGGUUGGCGUAAAUUCCUCAAGGAGGAAUUCUUGAAUGAUCCUCUCGAUUAGGCAUUAUAUAUAGUUCAUCAGUGGACCCAUAAGUGCGAGUGUUACUUAUCGUAAAAUGUGUCAACAGAUGUGUGUGUUGACGAUAAAGUAUAUAAUACAAUUUUCAUAGUGGUUACAUGAGAGAGAGAAAAAUAGCCUACGUUUAAGCUCCCAUCCAGCAUAUGCUGCAUGGCAAUUAUUACAUAAAAUUUAUGAAUGAAGGCAUUUGAUAAUUCAAGAGUAAAUAGGAUCGUCAUGAUCAAAUACACAGUGAGUGAAGCACACAAGUUUGUGGUUGAAAGAGUUAAUGUAAGAAAUUAAUUGGUGACAUUCCAAUGCUUCAUUUUGAUAAUUUAUACACAUUUAAGAAAAAAAAAUAAUCUUCUCUCCACGCUGAGUUGCUAUAUAAAUUCUAUGGCAAUAUAAGCAAGAUAAAAACCAACUGAUAUUUUCUCAAAAGUGUUCAUUGAUAGUGAAGUUUGCCAUGUGAUCAAAAAAAAAUCUCGCAGAAAUAUUAAGAAUUCUCUAAUAUGGAUAUAUUAAUGGAAUAAAAGAAAAUUAUCUACAAGAAACUCCGUCAAUGGAGACGCAAUGUCAGGAGGAAGCAACAUAGCGUCAGUUGCUAUGGAGUCUCCUCUUCCCGAACAAGUUGAGGAAUCCAAAAUGACAAGCAUAGCGCUAAGAAACAAAACGGAUCCUGACACAUCCUACGGCCAGCACUUUCUUCUCCAAAAUGACUUUAUGUUCAUUGAUGAGGAUGGAGACGAGGUGGAUUCGGGUUAUGGGACCAACAAUAGAAUUCUUUUUGACGCAGAAAGAAACACCGCGCUGAGUGAACAGAAAAAUUCACAGAAUUCCAACAAUUUGUCUCAGCAGCGACUUCAAGCGAAAGCCCAGGAGAAAGAGAAGGCCGAAGAGGAACGAACUAAAGAACAUCACAGCGAUAGGAGAUUACAGGAUGUGGAAAAGAAAGAAAAUUCGGUGGAUGCACAACGAACAGCCAAAAUUGCAGACAUUCCUUUAAAUUGUGAUAGUGUUUGUGGGGAGAAGGUAGCCAACGAUAAAAUGGCUCGUGGGAAAUUGCAGGAGGAAGUUCCGGAUGAGGAUCCCUAUGCUGAAUUGGAAUUGUAUUUGGAACGAGUAAAAAAAGAAAUAAAUGACGUUUUCGAGCAGCUCAACCAUAAAACGCAUAGUGCAAAAGAUGGAGUGUUUCCACAUACUAAUAAUACGGAAGCAAAUAACGUGGAACGGAGAAGAGAUAACAAAUUACAGAACGAGGUGCGGCUAAUGAAAUCGGACGAUCUAGUAAUAAAAGAGGCAGAAGAUCCAGCAGAGAUCGUGAAGACGCGAGAUCAGCGGGAAAAAAGAUGUGACCACACGACGAGAAAGAAUGAACUGAGAUCGAUGGAAACAUCCAUACUACCAUAUCCAAAGGAUGGGGAGAGAGCAAUGAUCAAUGAAUGGGCCGAUAGCGUAAUGAGAGAAUUCGAUGAGCUAGUUGAAGGUGAAAAGAAGCCGGCUCCUGCGGUGAACAGAAGGCACCAUCAACAAUGGCAUGAUGCCCCUCAUAGUGCUGCUGACCAUCUCCAUCUGAAGCGUUCCAGCGACAAUCUCGUAAAUGGACGAGCUGGAUCUGAUAGUUCAUCCCCCAUUCUUGGCUACAGUAAGGUGUCUGUUGACUCCGAGGCAACAGUUUUGAAAAUUGACGAAGGAAUUGAUGAGAAGAGAGAAAUAUCAACACAGACUAGUCCAAAGUUGCAUUCAAUAAAGAAAGAAGUUUCCCCGGAUGCAUGGACGUCAGAGGAAUCAAUCCUGCGCGGAACAGACACUGUGGAUGAAGAUAAUAAGUCAACUUCUUCAUCUGCCGGAGAAGAUAUCUCUGCUGCACUGAGUUCAGGCAAAUCUGGGAAUUCAUUAAAUUCCUCCGUGGAUGAUAGUGCAGAAAGUGGUUUGGGUACUGCAUCAUCUGUACAUGGAUCAGGUUACCGGAAAAUUCGUCCGUAUCUACAUCAGAUUUCCCAAAAAUCCAUUGAUGAUAAAAAUGCGUGGAUUAGAUAUGAGAAUGCCACAACACAGACGGGUAAAAUGCGGCCGUCAUUGAAAUUAAUAGAGAAUGCCUCGUUUGUUUCCACUGACGAUCCGGAUCUUCUGGAAGUGUUGAGUUUGUAUGACGACAAUAAUGCCGAUGACGAUGAGUUUGCCAUCUCAGACUCGGAGACUUCUUCGAAAUACCAGGAAGAUAGCUGCACGGAGAACACGAAGCUGGACAAAGGAUUGCCUCAGAGUAUGAGUAGAAAAAUUCCAGAGGAGAAUGACGAGGAGGUGAUGUUGCGACGAAAAGCAAGUGGCCCUCAAUGUGAUAUCGCGAAGAAUGUCAAGUGCUUGGAUAGACUGGGCACGUUAGUGUCAUACACUCCCAACGGUGGUGCAUGCAAAACAAUAAAUAACACAUCUGUAGUACCUGAAAAGCAGUGCAAUAGCUUACCAUUUACUCGACGAGUAGCGAAGGAGCGACAUUUUCCACCGACACCGCCCAGCAUUGAGAAUGAGAGCGAUUCCGCUCUCCCAGCAAUAAAUCGGCGCCCCUUCUGUCUACCCAUGAGUCAGGAAUCAUUCCAUACUAUCUCCCAACUUCCGUCGCCCAGCACGACAUCCCUCCACAGUGGCGGGAAUCGUCGAUCAGCACUGCUUAUUCAAGAACUCACCACAAAGAGCAACUCAGCACCACUUCUGAUGAAGAAGGAGAACAAAAGGGAUGCCUUCACCGACCAAACAGCGAGUUUACGAUACUCACGAUCGCAGAGCGACAGGUACUUGGCUGAAAUUGAAGCCAUUGAGGCUUGUAAAUGGCUCCGGGCUGCUGGUUUUCCGCAAUAUGCUCAGAUGUACGAAGAUCUUCAGUUUCCCAUAGAUUUAAGCAACGUGGCACAAGAUCAUCCCUUCCUGGAAAAUGAUCCCCUGCAGUCACUCUACCGGCGACUCGUGGCUCUAAACCGCUGUGCUACUAUGCGACUGGAUGGAACACACAAACAUGGAACUCAGAAUGACGACUCUGAUGACGAUAGUUGCGCAUUGAGUGAGAAUUGGACGUUCCAGCCGCAGAGUAGGAGGUGGUCGCGUGUGGGUGAAAUGGAUAUGCCGCCACCACCGGUUAAAGGUGACAAGAACAAGGAUAAGCUCAACAUUUCUUCGCGAGAAUCCUCGCCGGAAAGCACGGACGCAUUUGAUUACUGUGGUGGACCACAGAGUGGUGGAUUCAGUGACCAAGAAAUGAUCCAGUCAAAGUUCCGUAGAACAGGUAGUGAGAGACUCAGAGAUGGCGCCAAAGCUUUCCUACGGCGUGUUGAAUCCAUCAAGUCGAAGCGCAGAAAACGCCAAAAUAAGGAGGGUGUUAUAAUCAGCGGGCCACAGGUGCUGGACUUCAGCCAAAUGAACCAGAAGAUGAGUGAUUUGAAGUGCGUGGAUGUUUUCUCGCAUCCAUGCUCACCAGUACCAACUAGUCCAACCGUCAUGUCUCCCAAGCAUCUCUUUGUUAAUACCAAUGAACUACGGUUGCCCUUCACGGAUCCCAAUCGUCUCAGCCCUAAGCAUGCUAUGGGCAAGAAAACUCAUCACUACCGUUCACUAUCAAAUCGCACGAGUCCUCUACCCUUUAUGGGACAAACUUCAUCUAAAUCUGGGGAUGAUUCAUCGUCAUAUUGUAGCGAUACCAACAGUCAGGAUUCAGUUACAAUUCGCGUGGGCAGGAAGAAACCAAACAGAGCUCGUCGCUUCUUCCAGCGUGGCAGUAAAGUUGAAGAUGCAGGAGCUUUGUCGGAUUCUGAGUGUCAUCCUGGGAAGAAUAAAUACUUCAAGGAUACCUCCGUGUCGGGGAAGGAGAGUAAAUCUUCUAAACUAGCACGUGGGGGUUCACUGAAUCUCGGCAAAGAGUCUGAUAAAUAUCGGGAUGCCUUCCAGAAGAGGAGUUUGCGAUCCCGAAGUACAAUUCGGAAACAGGAACGUAAAACUGAUAGCGACAGCAAGGAUGAAGAAGUAAUUUUGAGGUCAAAUCGAGGCCCAGUUGUUCGGUGGCACAGCUUUCAAACGGCUGAAAAGCCCGAAAUGAAGUCCCUUUUGCGACCACUCUCAUCCCAACCUUCGAAGAAGAGGGAGAGCGGUAUUCAAUUUGCUGCUCUAUCCUGCGGUCAAUUCCAGGUCAUCAGGAAGUUGGCCCUAGUCACACUUACUGGUCACAUGGAACGGUACUGCCCCACACAUCGUACGGGGUGGAAUUGGGAGUUACCAAAGUUCAUCAAGAAAAUCAAAACGCCCGACUACAAGGAUAAGAAAGUCUUUGGUGUACCACUACUGCUGGUACUCCAACGUACCGGACAUAGCCUCCCGACGCCAAUUCAGCAGGCUCUGAAGUGGCUGAAGGCUAAUGCUCUCGACCAAGUGGGUUUGUUCCGAAAGUCCGGGGUGAAGAGUCGCAUCUUCAAGAUAAAGGGAAUGGUGGAAAAUGCAAAGGAGUCCGAAUUGGUGACACUAUUUGAUGGGCAACAGGCUUAUGAUGUGGCAGACAUGGUUAAGCAGUACUUUAGAGAACUACCGGAGUCACUGCUGACCAGUAAAAUGUCGGAGACGUUUAUUGCAAUCUUUCAGCACUUACCCCCAGAAGUGCGUCCCGACGCCGUGCAAUAUGCUGUACUCUUGCUGCCUGAUGAAAAUAGAGAGGUGCUCUACACCCUAAUUGUCUUCUUGAAUCAAGUGUCUGAGUGUUCCAUGUUCAAUCAAAUGACUGCGAAUAAUUUAGCUGUGUGUCUGGCACCAUCAAUUUUCCACGGCGGUAUCAUCAGUCCCAGAUCCAACUCUGUUUCGCCACGUCGUCGGAAGCCAGCUGGUCUGCCUGAUCCGCGAGAAUUGUGUGAGACAAAGGCCUCCCAUGAGUGUCUCACGUACCUCAUCCAGAACUACCGCACGGUCUUUACGUUUUCUAAUGAGAAGAUGCAACGGUGCAAAUUUAGCCAUUUCGAUGAGUCUCGUCCUGUUACACUGAAUACCCUUGGUGAGGACAUUCAGCUACACGAUUGGCGUGGGUAUCUCUAUGAGUGCACCACAGCUGCCAUGAAGGAGGGCAGGGAAAAGUCACGUGGAUGGAUUUCAUCACCAUCAUUGGAUCCUCAUGUGGACAUUGCGUACAAAAAGAUCGGCGAUGGGCAUCCGUUGAGGCUCUGGAAGUGCACUGUGGAGGUGGAGGCACCACCAACGGAAGUACUUCAUCAUAUUGUUAAGGAACGACACUUGUGGGACACUGACCUCCUCAAGUGGCGUGUUAUUGAGCAGUUGGAUGAGAAGUCGGAGAUCUUCCAGUAUGUCUGUGGGGGGCAAUCCAUUACAGACUAUUGCGUAGUUAGAUCGUGGAAUACUGAACUUCCACGGGGCGCCUGUGUAAUUGUGGAGACAUCCGUUGAGCACCAGGAUGCAACUCUCCUCCUCCUAGGUGGGGUACGAGGUGUUGUAUUGGCUUCGCGCUACCUAAUUGAACCAUGCGGCAGCGGAAAGUCACGGAUUGUCCAUUUGGCACGUGUGGAUGCAAAGGGACGCACACCCGAGUGGUACAACAAGAGUUAUGGUCACAUUUGCAGUCACUAUCUGAGCGCCAUUCGGAACUUCUUCAAACAUGUGACUCAGGGACCAGAGAGUAAGGUAUGAGAAUCACUGCAACCGCCCAAGGCGUCCUAAAAACAAAGCUCAUCAUCACUCGAGGACGGUGUCCAAGUGCCAAAAUAAUGGUUUCUCACCGAAUUAAAACUCCAUUCAAAAGAUGAAAAAAAUAGCUUUUGAGGACAUUUCUCGUCCUACGGUGGGUCAGUCAUUUUCAUGUAGGUUCUUUUGUUUAGGCUCUGAUGCUGUGGCAUUUAACAUUUAGCUACCAUGUGAAAUUUGGAAAUAAGCUGACUUUUUUUCAGAACAUUAAAAUCUAUUUUGAUUAAAUAAAUGUUUAAAAAAUCCCUUUUUUAUCAAAUUAAUUGAAAGUUCCAAAAUUCAAUAAAAAAAAACUCAUAUUUUGACAAAGAACCUACAAAAUAAUAUUUUUAACUAUCUUUAUCUUAUAUAUAUUUUUUUAAUAUAGAGUUAUCUCUUGAGAACUUCAGUAUUUCAUUGAUAAAAAAAAUGAGAAAAUAAUAAAGCAAUACUCAGUUCUUUUGCUUAUUUUUUUUCAAUUUGAAAAAGAAAGAAAAAUAGUUUUGGUUUCUAUCGCGUUUUUUUGUACUAGUCACUUGUAGUUGUAAAAAAUUGUAAAUGUGAAAAAAAGAAAAUAUAUUACUGUUGAUACAUAUCCUUAUUGAAAAAAGAAAAUAUAAAAAAUGUAACUCCUUUUUCGUGUAAAAAAAAGAUAUAAAAUCCAAAGAAUGUUCUAUAUACAAAAUGUAUCAAAAAAAUGAAGAGUUUAAAAACAAAAUGUAACAGUGUAAUGUUAGGCGAAUUAGGGUCCAAAUAUUAAUCAAUAUUCUAUAUAUUGAAAAAAAUGUUGUCUAAUAUACCAUAUUGUCUAUUGAGAUAUACAUACAACAUACCCAUUGUUCAUAAUGUAUAGAUGGGGUGCUAUUGAGAAGAAGAAAAAGAAUUUAUUGAUAUUUUUGAUGAAUCGUAGUUUUGUCUAAAACAAAUUGCUUAUCCAGCUAGUUCCACAAUUAUGAUGGAAAAUUUCUUAUAUUACAGUGAAACCUUUUUUCUUUUUUAUUGGAAAAGUAUUAAGAGUAAAACAUGAAAUCAGACAGAAAGGUAAUUAACUUUAUUACUUUUUUUUGUAACACUGUAUUUUCAGAUAAGAAAUUGAAUAUUUUGAGGCAAAAUAAAAGAAGGAUCAGAGAUAUAUUGGAUGGCAUUUUGGACAUGUUGUAUUUAAAAAAAAAUGAAAAUGUGAAAAAAAAUAAAGAAAAGUAUGUUUAUAGAGAUGAAA